AUGAGUAGCAAGCUUUGGGAAUAUUUUAUUCAAGAUGAUGUGGAGAGCUUCAGACGGUACCUGGCGAACGCGACGUUCGCCAGACCGCGAGCUUCGGGCGUGUCUGGCGCAGCAGCUGCCGCGACCGCAGCUGCGAACCUGUCGUCAAAAACUGGGAGUCCCGGGUCAAUGAUCGCCUCAUCCCCGAAUCCUACAAAACAAAGUAAAGCUUCAGCUGGAUCGCCAGCAACCUCUGUACCCGAUCGGUCCGGCUUCCCACGUGGUAAUAUCGCUCUCUCGCGCGCCAAUGUCAAUGCCCGCGAUCACUUCGGCAGGACACUUCUGCAUCAUAUCGCGUCCUCGCUGAAACCCACGGCUGCAGCGUUUGCGCACGCGCUACUCGAAAUACCGUUCCUUGAUAUAUAUGCGCAGGACUGGGAGAGUGGAUGGACGGCAUUGCACAGAGCUCUGUAUGCCGGGAAUGCCACCAUUGCUCGAGCGCUGAUGGCGCGGGACACGUGGGACAUGACGGAUUACAGUAAACCCGGUCACACGAGUCAAAGCGGGAGUCUGAUCAAGAUUAAGGAUCGUGAGGGUUACAGUCCGUUUGAUGUUUACGGAUCUACCAUCACAUCUCGAGACAUCAAGCAGAUGACCUCUUCCACAAGAUGGCCGGGUUCUAUGGUCCCCGAUAUCGAGGGCAGCGACGCCGCUUCCAACCCAGGGUCAAAUUAUGGCGAGGACGGCGAAGACGACACAUAUGUUGUGCGAAGCUCUCUGAAACCGCGAACCGACUUCUCCGCCGAUGAGGUUUUCACUCUCGGUAGCAAUAAGAACCUGAACCUUGGACUUGGAGAUCAAGAUGACCGGCAGUUCCCGGAGCGAAUCGUGCUCAAGCGACCUGAUCAUUUACUAAACCGAUUCUACCGUGAAUAUGAGGAGCAGAUGGAAAAGCUUGGCCUUGAAGACCUUCUUGACCAUAGCAACAAGGAACUACCAACAGUCAUCAAGAACAAGCCCAUGAAACUUCAAAAUGUGGUCAUGUCGAAGCUACACACUGCCGUGAUUACGGAUGAUCCUGAAGCGAAUUUGUUUGUGUGCGGCUUCGGACCGGGUGGUCGUCUUGGAACCGGCGACGAAUCUACCCGGUUCAGCUUUGUGUGUAUUGAGACUGGCGGGUUAGCUGGUAGAAAGGUCAUGUCCGUUGCCCUCGGUCAGGAUCACAGUCUGGCCAUCACCGAGUUCGGUGAGAUUUUCAGUUGGGGAAGCAACAGGUUUGGUCAGCUUGGGUACAGUUUACCCCGGACGAGCAAUAAAAACGAUGUCCCCAUUCAGUCAACCCCGCGACAGAUCUUCAACCCCUUCAAGAAGGAGACCAUCAUCGGAGCAGCCGCUUCCUCUAUCCACUCCGUCGUCUUCAGCAACUCUGGACUCUACACGUUCGGCAAAAAUGAGGGUCAAUUAGGCCUGGUUGACUCGGACGCUCGAUCGCUUGAAGUUCAGACCACACCGCGACGCGUUGGUGCUUCUCUGUUCAAGUGUCCCAUUCAGAUGGUAUCCGCUAUCGACCGCGCCACGGCUGUACUUCUACAGAACCACGAGGUUUGGGUAUUCUCGCAAUACGGCUACUCCAAACUCUCCUUCCCGCUCGAAGCAAGCUCGAGAUUCAUCCGGGAUAGCUUCAUGGCAACACGAUAUGACAGCUCUGUAAAUCAUGUCGUCAAGCUGGCAUGUGGUGGCAACACAAUCUGCGCGUUAUCUAGCUCUGGCGACGUUUUCACUGUCCAUGUGAACAAACCCGAAGAUCCGUCAACCCCAACUUCGACAACAAAUCCUGCCAAGAUUCGCAACUCUUUGGCUUCUCCUGAGAGGGCCUGGUCUGUGAAAAAAUCCCACAUGGCUGCGAGUGAUGUCGACGUGGGUCAAGAUGGAUCGAUCAUCAUUUGCACCACUUCAGGCUCAGCCUGGAGGAAAGAAAAGCGGACGAAGAAUAAGGAGGGUGCUUCGAAGGAUUAUAAGUUCGCUCGCAUCCCGGGUCUAUCCAGGGCUGUGGCUGUGCGUAGCAACGCCUUUGGAGCAUAUGCUGUCGCACAGCGUGAUUGUGAUGUUACCAGGGAACAAAUCCAUAUUGAUCGAUGUACACUCUGGGAUGACCUUUUGCCUCUCUCACCAUUCAUCACCCCUACUGUCGACGAUGUGGAGGCAAUCUUGGACGACAAUGCCAGUGACAACCCAAUACCGCGCUCAGCCGCUGCAGCUAUCAAAAGAUCAAUCCUUUUGUCGUCGGAAAUUGAAACCCAAUUUCUGUCGGUUCGCUCCGAAGGAACUGUAUGGUUUACCAGCUCCGUAUCCGACGCCCGGAUUCCAGCACACAAGUUCCUUCUGGCUGGUCGCAGCCCAGUGCUUCGCAAGGCAUUGCAAGAUUUCCGCGAGUCCUAUUACGCUUCCGUGCCCGAUGUCUUUGACAUUGAGUACGGUAAAGAUGGCAUUACUCAGAUCCGCCUUUUGGGUGCUGAUUUCCUGACUGUCAUGAAUGUGGUGUUCUUCUUGUACACCGACAGCAUUCUUGAUGUCUGGCAUCAAGCCAGGAGCUCGCCCGAAAAUGCAGCUCGAUACCGUCAAGUUCGCCUUGAGAUCAUGAAAGUAGCGACUCAUCUUGGUCUGCCGUCUCUGGAACGUGCUGCGAGGUUGAUGGUUGAACCUCAAAGGAGUUUGAAGACCGACAUGGCGCAUGCUAUAAACCACCCUUCGUUCUUCAAUGAUGCAGAUGUGGUUGUCGAAUUGAAUGGUGACGCUGUGAAGGUCCACAGCCAAGUGGUCUGUCAACGAUGUCCCUUUUUCGAUGCUCUGUUCCACGGCCGCUCUGCGGGUGGGUGGAUUGCGUCUCGGCGAGCCAAUCCUUCAGACAAAAUACAUGUCGACCUCAAACACAUUGAUCGUUCCACGUUCGACUUUGUCCUGAAAUAUCUCUAUGCAGAUACUGAAGAGCAACUUUUCGACCAAGUCAAAACCAGGUCGCUCGAUGACCUCAUUGACCUGCUUCUGGACGUCAUGUACGUGGCCAACGAAUUGAUGAUCGACCGUUUAUCACAGAUCUGUCAAAAGACGCUUGGUCGGUUUGUCCACACUCGGAACAUCUCCUACCUUCUCAACUCAGUUGCGCCGAUCUUCGUCUCCGAGUUCAAAGAGGCUUCCCUGGAGUACAUUUGUCUGAACCUUGAAGCCAUGCUUGCGAACCGUUACCUUGAAGAUCUCAACGAGGACAUUCUGAAAUCGCUUGACACGGUCUGCCAUGAGAAUCAACUAGCAUGCUUCCCUAUCUCGCGCGGUCGUAACUCAGAGGAGUAUGUCUUUGAGAAAUAUCCAGAGCUUGUUAGCUCGGUAGGCAUUGACAAGCAGCGACGCAUCGAUGCCAUGACCUUGCAAUCUCGCCUCAGUGAAGUGGAAUCAUAUGAUUACCGACCACGAGCCCUUGCAAAUGAUAAGGUUAAUGCAUCACCAUUGGCGCGGAAGACAAAGGCCAGUGUCUCCAGGGAUCCCGAAAGCUCCGUCAACAGCCCGAUGCUGAAACCGAGGCAAUCGACCGCCGAUCUCAUGUUCCAGAUGGACGAUGAAGCUGCUCUUUCACCCGGAGAUUCCAUCAAAGGAAAGGCCGCCAUGCGUGGGCUUGGCAUCGAGAACCGGUCUUAUCCUGAUUCUCCCGCGCUGGGAGCAAGUGUUCCAGAGGAUGAAUCACUUGGCGAUGGAGGCUUCUUUGAUGAGCGAAUGUCUUCGCCACGGGAGACGCUACUCGCAGAGUCUCCAACUGAAACUCGCGCUAUAGCAAUGCGCAAUAAACGAACUAUGGCUUCCCCCGAAUCAAGCUCUGCACCAUGGGGCUCUCCUGUCAUAUUAAACGGCAAGAAAGAUCUCAAGGAUAUCAUGGGCGAAACUUCACAAUCCAGAGUAUCCGAUCUUACUCUGGAAAUGGAGAAUCGACACGAGGGCAGCGGCAACUUCAAUGCCAAGCUCUCCCAGAAGGAGCGAAAGAAGAUGCAGCAACAGCAGAUGCAAGAGAAGCUUGCCGCACAGCAAAAGGCAAAAGCUACGCCAAAGAACCCCUGGCAGCUGCCUCCGCCAGCAACACCCACAAAACCUGCUCAAGACCCCCUUCCUGGCCAGAGUGGGCCCAGCACACCCGCAUCAGAGCCAUCCAAGGCAGCCCAGAAGCCGGCCAUGACUCUCCGGCAAACCGUCGCCGGAACUCCUCCCCCACGGCAACGCACCACCUCCACCUCCCCUCUCCAAACCUUCUCCAUCAGUCCCACAAACCUCCCCACCGCAUCCCCUACCAAAAGCCCCCCCCAACCCGCCAUCCAAUCUAUCCGCCACAUCCCCCGCCAAGACCCAUACAUGCUGUCCCCCUCUUCUGGCUCCCUCUCCCUCGCAACUAUCCUCCACCAACAACAGUCCGAAAAAGACGAGAUCCGCGAAGCAGCCACUGCCAAGCACAACCUGCAAGAAAUUCAAGCUGAGCAGGAAUUCCAGCAAUGGUGGGACCAGGAAAGUAAGCGUGUGCAAGGUCUUCUUGAAGCUGAGCCUAUCCAGCAGGGUGGAGCGAAAGGUGGUCGUGGUGGAAAGGCUCCUGGUGCGGGUGGAAGCUCGCGGAAGCGAAGGGGCAAUAAGAGCGCUGGGCCCGAUGCUGGUUCGGCGUCUAAUAUGCCGAGAAAGCACUUGAAUGCGAAUACCAAUGUGAAUGGGUCCGCUGCUGUCCCCGUGCAGGGGAGUGUGGCUGGGAAUCAUACUUCUGGUGCGAGUGGUGGGAAGAAUGCCCGUCGCGGGGGCCAUGGAAACCAGCGUGGCAGAGGGAGAGAUCGAGGAUAG